AUGGCACGUCCGUCCGACUUCAAGCUGUCCGCCCAGCUGCUCGCCCACGAGGCCGACGUACGCGACGUCUCCUUCCCAUCCGCCGACCUUCUCCUCUCCGCGUCCAGAGACCACACUGUCCGUGCGUGGCGUCGUUCCCAAGGCAGCCCCCCGACAUUCGAACCCUCCGUGACCAACAAGGGCACCGAGUUCGUCAACAGUCUCGCCUACCUCCCUGCGUCCUCCGAUUACCCAGACGGCCUCGUCGUCUCCGCUGGCACAGACACCAUCAUAGACAUACGCAGUCCUGCUGCCGGCCCAUCAGAUAACGCCGAACGGCUGUUGAUCGGCCAUUCUCGAAACAUCUGCUCCCUUGCCGUCGUCCCCGGGGCCAACAAGCUCGUCUCAGGCAGCUGGGAUAACUCGGCUCGCAUAUGGAGCAUCAGCAAAUGGGAGGUGGAGGCAAUCCUGACCGAGCAUGAAGGCGCCGUCUGGGAUGUGCUCCCCAUCGACGACAGAACGAUUGUCACGGGCUGCGCCGACAAGAGCAUCCGCAUCUUUGAUCCUUCUAGAGCCGUGGCUGGUGAGGUGACCCCCAAGUCGACCAUCUCCACGCCCGACAUCGUUCGCGCGAUAUGCAAAGUGCCCGCUGGCCACCCAACAGGCGCCGACAUUGCCAGCGGACACAACGAUGGCGUUAUACGGCUUUACAAGCUGAGCGGGCAGCAGGUUGGAGAGCUGCAUGGCCAUGAGAGCUUCAUCUAUGCUUUGACUACAUUGCCGACCGGGGAAAUCGUCAGCUCCGGCGAGGAUCGCACUGUCCGGAUAUGGAGCGGCACCGAGUGUGUCCAGACCAUCACCCACCCUGCCAUCUCGGUUUGGACAGUGGCAGCAUGCCCGGAGAAUGGAGACAUCGCCACGGGCGCCAGCGAUGGAGUUGUCCGCGUGUUUUCAAGGAGUCCCGAACGAGCCGCAGACGCUGAGACUCUCAGCCAAUUCGAUGAGGCUGUUAAAUCUUCGUCGAUACCUCAACAGCAAGUUGGUGGUAUCAACAAGGAGAAGCUGCCAGGCCCGGAGUUUCUCACCAGCAAGUCAGGCACCAAGGAGGGCCAGGUUCAGAUGAUUCGCGAAGAAAAUGGCAAUGUUACUGCACACCAAUGGUCGAUGGGUCAGCAGCAGUGGAUCAACGUCGGCACUGUCGUGGACGCGGUCGGGAGCAGCGGCAAGAAGACCGAAUACCAGGGCAAGAUGUACGACUACGUGUUUGAUGUCGCUAUUGAAGAAGGGCAGCCAUCCUUGAAGCUGCCCUACAAUCUUUCCGAGAAUCCGUAUGAGCGCGCGACAAAAUUCAUCAACGAUAACGAGCUAUCGUUGAACUUCCUCGACCAAGUCGCACAGUUCAUAGUUCAAAAUACACAGGGUGCUACGAUAGGCCAGAGUGCCGACACGGGAGCUGACCAACACACGGCCAGCACCAACACCCAGCAGCCAGCAAGCAGCAGGACCAAGGUCAUUCCCCAGCGGGAAUACCUGGACAUUACAGCUGCCAAAUACGAGCCAAUUUUCAAAAAGAUUGCAAGCAUAAAUGCUGGCUUGGUCGCCUCGGGCCGCAAAGACCAUUCGCUCAACCCGGAUGCACAAAACGUGCUGACCCAGCUCAAGCAGAGCCUUGAAGCGGGCAAGCCUGCGGUGACUGAGGAGGCUGCGAAGCUUGUGUUUAUGAUGUGCACACAGUGGGAUUAUGCGGACCGCCUCGCGCCCAUGGACCUCCUCCGCUGUAUUGCGGUACACCCAACAAUAGCGAAGUACCGCACGGCCAACGACAGCGAUGUUGUCACGAUCGCCACGGCGGCGCCGUUCGAAGGCGUGCCUGCUGGUACCGAUCCCAACGAGAACUGCUGCAUGAUGGCCGCCCGUACCAUUGCCAACCUGUUCAAGACCCAGGCUGGUAGGGAGACCAUCUCACAGCCGGCAGCGGCUAAGGCGAUUGACGCUUUCAUCAGCCGCGUCCUCGGCUUCGGCGGCCAGCAGGCUGUCGGUGCCUUCAACCGAAAUCUCUUCAUUGCACUGACGACGGUGUUGAUCAACUUGUCUGUGCUUGCAUCAUGGCGUGUUGGCAGCAUCAGCAACGCGGUGCAGGUGCAUUCCCUGACAUUGCUCUCGCACAUUCUACAGAAGCAGACUGAUAGUGAGGUGGUAUACCGCGCGCUCAUUGCGUCGGGCACAUUGGUCACGUCUGUGGGCACGGCCGCGCCUGACGCAAAGAGCAUGGCUUUCCCAGUGCGUACAGCCAAGGACAAGGCGAGCGAGGACCGGGUUAAGGAAGUUGCCGACGAGCUGCUGUCUCUUCUAUCCAAGUAG